UUAAUUACCUCGUUGAUAUUUUAUUUUCUUUCAAUAGAUCACAAAUUCCCAGUAAAAUAUUUUCUCACUCUUCAUUUCAAUCUCUCUCAAGAUCGAAUCUUGAAAUAUAAUUUUGAUCUCUAACAGAUCGAAAACAUUAGUUGUUUUUAUUUUUAGAAAAACCGAAGAAAAUGGGUCAAAUUCAGUACUCCGAGAAAUACUUUGAUGAUACUUAUGAAUACAGGCAUGUCGUUCUUCCUCCUGAAGUAGCCAAACUUCUCCCCAAGAAUCGCCUCCUUUCUGAAAAUGAAUGGCGUGCAAUUGGAGUACAGCAGAGUCGUGGCUGGGUCCAUUAUGCUGUUCAUCGUCCUGAACCACACAUUAUGCUUUUCAGGAGGCCUCUUAACUAUCAACAGCAGCAGGAGAAUCUGGCUCAGCAAACUAUGCUUGCCAAGUAAUUACAGAAGCUUUCCAGUAUUCAAAAAAUGGGAUGAAAGUCUAAAAAACAGUUUGGGUGUUGUGGAAUUCAUGGAUUGUUUUUCUAUUGUAGUUCUCCGUUGUGGAGAAUUCCGUGUUUAGGUUUUGCUUCUUACUUUCUUGAUGAUGUAAUCUCAU